AGCUCAGGCCCGGUGGGCCAAGUGCCGCCCGGCUGCGCGACUGGCUGGAAAUGGGCUGCUGGCCAGCUGUGGCCGGCUCCUCCCACGCACCGUGGCCAGCCAGCUGCUGGCUCCCCUGUUACACUGGUUUUUUUUGCCCGGGCCGCGAAAAAUCCCCGCCGGAGAUAGCAAUGGCAACCGCAACCGCAAGCGCUGUUAAAGCGACCCGCACAUCCGACUUCUCUGGAGCACCGCCAUCUCCCUCGCCCCACUCGCACCUCCAGCUGCACCUCCACCUGCACCCAAGAUGGCCCUCUACAACAUCCUCGUUGUCGGAUCCGGCGGCAGAGAACAUGCCCUGGCCUGGGCCUUCGCUAAGAGCCCCAAGGUCAACAAGAUUUUCGUCGCACCAGGCAACGGCGGAACGGCCACCGGCAGCUCCAAGGUUGUCAACGUUGCGAUCGACUCGGGAGACUUUGAGAAGCUGAAGGCUUUUGCUGUCGAGAACCAGGUCCGAUUGGUUGUUCCCGGUCCUGAGCAGCCCUUGGUCGAUGGCAUCGCCGAUGCUUUCAAGAAGGUCGGCAUCCCCUGUUUUGGUCCCUCGCAGGCCGCUGCCCGCAUCGAGGGAUCCAAGGCCUUCUCGAAGGACUUUAUGAAGCGCCACAACAUCCCCACCGCCCGAUACCAAAACUUCACCGACUUUGAGAAGGCCAAAGCUUACAUCGAGAGCCUUCCCUACUCUGUCGUCAUCAAAGCCUCGGGUCUGGCCGCCGGCAAGGGUGUUCUGAUUCCCGAGUCCAAGGAAGAAGCCAUCGCCGGCCUCAAGUCCAUCAUGCUGGACCAUACCUUUGGCUCUGCUGGCAACGAGGUUGUUGUUGAAGAGCGCAUGGAAGGCGAGGAGGCCAGCAUCCUGGCCAUCACCGACGGAUACACCAUCGUCACCCUCCCCGCUGCCCAAGAUCACAAGCGUAUCAACGACGGCGAUCAGGGUCUGAAUACUGGUGGCAUGGGUGCCUAUGCUCCCGCCCCCGUCGUCACCAAGAGCCUGAUGCAGGAUAUCCGCCGCACGAUUCUCCAGCCCUCUAUUGACGGCAUGCGCCGUGAAGGUUUCCCCUUUGUCGGUGUCCUGUUUGCUGGCCUGAUGAUUACCGCCAGCGGCCCCAAGGUCAUCGAGUUCAACUGCCGAUUCGGCGAUCCCGAGGUCCAGACGGUGCUGCCUCUGCUUGAGGAGCGCUGUGAUCUGGCCGAGCUGCUGCUUGCUGCCUCGGAGGGUCGCUUGGACUCUGUUCCUCUGUUCCUCAGCGAACGGCAUGCCUGCACCGUAGUCGUUGCCGCUGGCGGAUACCCCAAUGCUUACGCCAAGGGCAAGCCCAUCACUGUCCACCAGAGCACCACCCCGGACGUUUCGGUCUUCCACGCCGGUACGGCGAUCUCGAACGGCCAGCUGGUCACUGCCGGUGGCCGCGUCAUUGCCGUCACCGCCGUGGCGGACACUCUGGAGAAGGCCAUCCACCUUGCUCGCGAGAACGUCUCGCUGAUUCAGUUUGAGCAGAUGCACUACCGCCGGGAUAUCGGUCACAGGGCUCUCUCGCGCUUGCUCAACAGCCAGGGCACCACCUACGCGGAGGCUGGCGUCAGCAUCGACGCUGGCAACCUCCUCGUCGACAAGAUCAAGCCUCUCGUCAAGUCCACCUCCCGCUCGGGUGCCGAUGCCGUCAUUGGCGGCUUUGGCGGCCUCUUUGACCUGAAGGCGGCCGGCUUCAGAGACCCGGUCCUGGUCUCGGGCACGGACGGUGUCGGAACCAAGCUCAAGAUUGCCUUUGCUGUUGGCAAGCAUGACACCAUCGGCAUCGACUGUGUUGCGAUGAACGUCAACGAUGUCGUUGUGCAGGGCGGUGAGCCUCUGUUUUUCCUGGACUACUAUGCCUGUGGCAAGCUCGAGGUGGACACGGCCAGGGAUGUUAUUGCCGGUGUCGCUGCCGGAUGUGCCGAGUCGGGCUGCGCCCUGGUCGGAGGCGAGACCUCGGAAAUGCCUGGACUCUUGGAGGCCGGCGACUACGACAUUGCUGGAUUCGUUGUCGGUGCCGUCGAGCGCGAUGCGGUUCUGCCCAAGCUCAGCGAGAUGGUGGCGGGUGACGUCCUGCUGGGCCUCAAGUCGUCGGGCGUCCACUCGAACGGCUACUCGCUCGUCCGUCACAUCAUCGCCAAGGCCGGCCUGGACUACUUUUCGCCGUGCCCGUUUGCCCCCGAGAAGACGAUUGGCGAGGUGCUGCUGACGCCCACGCGCAUCUACGUGAAGCAGCUGCUGCCGUCGAUCCGAAAGGGCCUGAUCAAGGGCAUGUCGCACAUCACUGGCGGAGGCUUCAUCGACAACAUCCCUCGCAGUCUGCCCAAGCACCUUGGUGUCGUUGUCGAUGCCUCCAAGUGGGUUUAUCCUGAGGUCUUCAGGUGGCUGAAGCGCACUGGCAACGUUGCUGAUGCCGAGAUGGCUCGCACCUUCAACAACGGCAUCGGCAUGGUCCUCGUUGUUGCCAAGGACAAGGUCGAGCAGGUCCGCGCUCUCCUGGCCGAGGCCAACGAGCCUGUGAUCGAGAUGGGCGAGCUCGUCGAGAGAAGCUCCCUGAACGGCCACGAGGUCGUCGUCAAGAACACCGAGGCCGCCUGGAACUGAGUCCGGAACGAGCCUGUCCUCAUGCUCCAAACGCCGCACCAAGAUCGCAACCCAUCCCAUCUAUCGCGUCCCUGCGCUGACCGCACAUCCCGAUGACGGGCUUCGAGCGGCUGUUGGACAGGAACUCCUCCAGCGUUACUUUGGAGCUCUGGUGUCCCCAGAUGGCGCCGCUUGGGGUGCGCCAUGUGACAGAACGCGCGAAAUAUAGACCCGCUGAAUGCGA